CGCGGCGCGGCAUGAUUUCGGCCAUCUCCAGCCCUUGGCUGACGCAGCUCUCGCACUUCUGCGACGUCGCAGCCUUCACGGCCAACAGCCUCAGCAGCCUCAACGCCGCCUCGGCCGCCGCCGCCGGCUACCACCCGCACCUCUCGCCCUCGCCCGCCGGGGACCCCUACGGCCAGCAGCAUGAGCCCCCGCCCCACUACGAGCCCUGCGCCGCCCCGCAGCACCACCCGCAGCAGCAGCAGCCGCCUCCUCCCCAGCAGCAGCAGCAGCCGCACGGCUACUCCUCCUUCGGCAGCGGCUCCAGCCCCGACACCCCCGAGGGGGCGGCCGGCUCCGCGGCUCCGGCCUCGGCCAAGGCGCCCGUCAAGAAGAACCCCAAGGUGGCCAACGUCAGCGUGCAGCUGGAGAUGAAGGCGCUCUGGGACGAGUUCAACCAGCUGGGCACCGAGAUGAUCGUCACCAAGGCCGGCAGGCGCAUGUUCCCCACCUUCCAGGUGAAGAUCUUCGGGAUGGACCCCAUGGCUGACUACAUGCUCCUAAUGGACUUCGUACCAGUGGAUGACAAACGAUACCGAUAUGCAUUUCACAGUUCCUCCUGGCUAGUAGCUGGCAAGGCUGACCCGGCAACUCCCGGGAGAGUCCAUUACCACCCGGAUUCCCCAGCCCGGGGAGCUCAGUGGAUGAAACAGAUUGUCUCCUUUGACAAACUUAAGCUGACUAACAACUUAUUGGAUGACAACGGACAUAUCAUUUUGAACUCCAUGCACAGAUAUCAGCCUCGUUUCCACGUGGUCUAUGUGGACCCUAGGAAAGACAGCGAGAAGUAUGCUGAAGAGAACUUUAAGACCUUUGUCUUUGAGGAGACCCGCUUCACCGCAGUGACGGCCUACCAGAACCACAGAAUUACACAGCUCAAGAUCGCCAGCAACCCUUUUGCUAAAGGAUUCCGAGACUGUGACCCAGAAGACUGGCCCAGAAAUCACAGGCCUGGGGCCCUGCCUCUCAUGAGUGCUUUUGCCAGGUCCAGAAAUCCAGUAUCUUCUCCAGUGCAUCAGAAUGGCAGUGAGAAAGAUGCAGUGGAGAGUCGGCGGGAGUACGAACGGGAAGCAGCCAGCGGGACGCCUCUGCAUGCUGAUCCCGCCCACCAGCAGCUCAUGUCUCGGGUGCUGAGCCCGGCACUGCCUGUGCCCGGCGGAGGUGGCCUGGUUCCACUCACCAGUGCGGCAGGAAGCCGGCCCAGCCCUCCACACCAUGAACUGCGGCUGGAGCCCUCUGCUUCGGAGACCCUUCAUCACCACCCCUACAAACAUCCAGUCUCGGCCUAUGAUCAUUACCUGGGAGCAAAGAGACCGGCACCCUACCCUUUGCCCAGCAUCCGGGGACACGGUUAUCACCACCACCAUCACCACCACAUGAAUCCAGCAGCUGCGGCAGCAGCAGCCGCUGCCGCAGCCAACAUGUAUUCCACCACAGGAGCUCCUACCAGCUAUGACUACGGACCGAGAUAACAUCGCCAUCCAAAGGUUCCCAAAGCUCUGACUGGCUUUCUGCAUGGUUUGAAUUGCUCAGUAGCGUAUGUUUUUGGAGAGCACUAUCUUGCUGGAAGAACUGGCACCAUAACCUCUGUGUUUCCGCAAAGGGGGGGAUGCGCUUUGAUCUCUUGCACAAGUUUUAUCGCUCGUCUGCACCUCCCUUCUUUGCACCCUCAGAUUCAUCCAUCAAGACCGGUUUCCUUCCUGAUCCCAGGGGAUGAAAUGAUAGGCCGGCUUAACUCAGAUGGACUGAGCUCAGGACUGGAGUGAUGGAUGGCGGUCGGGACUUCCUCUGCGGCAUUUCACACCAUCUCCCACCAUGUUUGGGAGCACCAGUCUCCCCCCCCCCACCCAACGCAGAGAUUGCCAGCUGCACUUUUCCUUUUCUCUAUAAAUGAAGCCAUAUGUUGCUUUA